GAGGUUCAGUCAGCAGGAGACGAGCGGCUGAACGGUUCUGGAUCCAACAUGUCUGGGGAAGACGCUCAGGGGUUCAUGGGAGCCGUAGAUCCAAACGAGAGGAGGAUUGUUCUGGUAGGGAAGACCGGCGUGGGGAAGAGUGCCGCAGGAAACACCAUCCUGGGGAGGGAAGCCUUCGAGUCGGAGCUGUCUCCGUCUUCCCUGACGUCCGACUGUCACAAGGCCAAAGGGUCGGUGGAUGGCCGGCCGGUGGCUGUCAUCGAUACUCCGGGACUGUUCGACACCAACUUCACCCAGGAGGAAGUGCUGAGCAGGAUCAAGAGGUGCAUUUCCCUGUCGUCUCCGGGUCCUCACGCCUUCCUGGUGGUCCUGCAGCCGGGCCGGUUCACCCAGGAGGAGAAAGACACCGUGCAGAUGAUCCAGACCACGUUCGGCGAGGAAGCAGCCAGAUACACGAUGGUGCUGUUCACACACGGAGACCAGCUGAAGAAGCAGACGAUCGAAGGCUUCGUCUCCGAAAGUCCCGACCUGGUCGCCCUCAUUCGGAGUUGCUCCAACAGAUACCACGUCUUCAACAACGAGGUUAAAGACCUCACGCAAACCAGCGAACUGCUGGACAAAAUCGACAGGAUGACGACGGCCAACGGUGGAAGCUUCUACAGCAACGACAUGUUCGCGAGGGCGGAGGCCGCCAUCGAGGAGGAGAAGGAGCGACUGCUGAAGGAGAUGGAGGAGGAGAGGCAGAGGGAGCUGGAGGAGCUCAGGGUGAAAUGCUCGGGGAAAGUCUACCACCGGGAGGAGACCCGGGUCAACCUCAGGUACCAGUUCCAGGCCCGGACUCGCGCGGAGAAGUCCAACAACUUCAUCGCCUCGCCGACAAUCGCUCUGGCCACGAGCUGCGGCGCCGCCAUCGGAGGCGUCCUGGGCAUUGCCGCAGGUCCGAUUGGUUUGGCGGUCGGAGUCGUGGCCGGCGCCGCUGCCGGAGCUGCCGUCGGUGCGAUAGCCGUGGGAGUCUCCAAACACUGCGUUCUGCAGUGAAGACAGGGCCCCACGCUGGAGGCUAAAUAGAUUUAAAAACUAUUUUAUCCUGUUCUCAAUAAGGCUACUUAAUAGCAGCAAAUGAAAUAUAAAGGAUGGUUAUCUUUGAACUGUGUUAUUGAAAUGGUAUCAUCUAGUACACACACUCUGUGGUCUAUGUCUAUGUAAAUAUGGUGUAUGUUCUUGUCCUUGAGGAGUCCCUGUCCUUUGUUGUUGAUUCUUGUUGUCUGUGGGCGCAGCAUGGGUUAAAGCCCAACCCGAAUUUCCCACACGUGGGACAAUAAAGUGUAUCUUAAUCUUAAGACAACCCGACCUUUGCGAUUCCUGGAAAGGUUCCACCUAGGAAAUCUGUUUUGAUCUGCUCGGAUGAACCAACCCUAGCUUUGCUACCGUGUCAUAGCAACUCUCACGGUAACUUCACCCUUUUUUUCUUUCCUUGGAGACGUUUCACCUUCUUUCCUGAAGAUUUCAUCAGUUUGAACGAAUUAAUUUUCCAGAUAGAAUGUUAAACAUCUUCAAGAAGAGAAACAGCAGCCGCCUCGUUUCAAGGCUGAGAGCUGGUCCUGGUUUGGGAGUGACUGCCAUCUAGUAGUGGAGGAGGGAGCUACAUCCAUCUAGUGGUGGAGGAGGGAGCUACAUCCAUCUAGUGGUGGAGGAGGGAGCUACAUCCAUCUAGUGGUGGAGGAGGGAGCUACAUCCAUCUAGUGGUGGAGGAGGGAGUUACAUCCAUCUAGUGGUGGAGGAGGGAGCUACAUCCAUCUAGUGGUGGAGGAGGGAGUUACAUCCAUCUAGUGGUGGAGGAGGGAGCUACAUCCAUCUAGUGGUGGAGGAGGGAGCUACACCCAUCUAGUGGUGGAGGAGGGAGCUACAUCCAUCUAGUGGUGGAGCCCAUCGCCCCAGAUUGACAUAGAAAAACGAAAUUCGCUACACAUGUACAACAUGUCAAGACGCACCAAAAAGUCUCCUGGACCAAAACCCUAACGCCAACAGGAAGUCGGCCAUCUAGAAUAGAAUGACCAAUUGUUCGCCAUUCUCACACAUCAUAUUUGAACGAACUAGUCCUAGGGAUUUUAUCACACCUUCUUCUGAUUGGUCGAUAUAGUUCCUACUUUCUGCAAUAACUUUUGAAUGGUUUGAUAUAAAGACUCGUGGGUGGUGUCAUCGGACUCAGUUUUGAGUCCUUGACCAUAAUUGGUGCAAAUUAGCCCCGCCCCUUCUUCUGAUUGAUCGAUAUUUGAUAGUUCCUAUUUUCUGCCAUAACUUUUGACUGGUUUGACAUAAAGAAUCAUGGUUGGUGUCAUCGGACUUAGUUUUGAGUCCUUGACUUUUAUUGGUGAAAAUUGCACGCGCGAGGGCCCGUUCAUCGCUGCUUGCAGCUUUAAUUGCUUUUUGUAUUUGUUGGUGUAAAUAAAUGUGCAGAAACAUCUUAAUGGGACCUUUCUGAAGUCUGCAGUCUCAAUGUUGUUUUUCAAUGAAUAAAAUAAAAAACCUCAUGUAACAUGUUGGACAUAAACAUCUGUGAAGCCAGAGCAAUGAUUUUGGAAAUGUAUAUAUUAUUUAAUGAUUAAUUAAUUAAAGAACUAGUAAAUCCUGAGGUGAUGAGUUUC